AUUUUUAUAUAUAACAUUCAUAUUAAGCUAGUUCAUGUAAUAUUUAUAAAUCAAGGUAAAUUAUACAGAUUUUUAAAUUCUCUCGGAUUAGUAUUUACAAAUCCGGGGGUUUUUCCUCGGAUUUGAGUUUUUGUAUUUUAACAAAAAAAUCUAUACAAAUCUAUUCAAAUCCUUUAUUAAAUCAAAUCUAUAAGUAAAUCCUUACGAUUAAAUAACACUUGAUUUGGAUUAGAAUUUAUAAAUCAUUAAACCAAUAACACAUGAUUUCAAUAUGGAUUUUAAAAUCAUAGAACCAAUAACACUAGAUUUGUUUGGAUUUUUAAAUUCAUUAAAAUACACUAACCAAUAACCUCCGGUUAGUUGUUUUCUCAGUAACAACUCCACACUAUCACGUACUUAGACUUGUACACUUUAACUAGUACAACUCUAGGCUCUACUUCUACUAACCACUCUUAACAACUCUAACAACUAUACCUUAGGUAGACUUUAACCAACACCAACACUCCUUAUUGUAGACUUAUAGGUUUUGUCUAAACAAAUGGUUAGUUGCAUGUUGACUUUGUUUGUUAUGACCAAGUCACAGCUCAACUCCUCUUCGGUUUGUAACCAGUGUCAGGUGGCAUCUUCUCCCACUUUGACUUUCUUCUUCUAUGUAAUUGUAGGAGGUGGAUUGCAUCCCCUUUCAAAGCGCAUCAGGUAGAAGAUCUGGUCCAUUAGAGUUGAAUAACAGUUUGGUUCCGCGAGCUGAGCGAUGAAAUACCAGUUCAGCUUGUGACUGCUUUUAGCCGACCCAAACAGGUGACUAAAAGCGAUCACCUCGACGGCUUGGCUCGUAGGCCCGACGGGUUAAAAUCCAUCAAACAAGGCGAUUUAGGGAAAGAAAAAAUGAAGGACAGCUAUAUAAGGAAGGAAGAAGACACACUUGGGAUAUAAUUAAAGUUUUACUUGCUUCAUAUUCUUGUGGAUUUGUACUUUUCCGGUGAAUUCCAUUUUUUUUUUUUUUUUUUUGAAAAAAGGGCAUGAAUUCCAUUUUCACCGGCUUGAUUCUUCCUUACUUGUAACUGACAAACUCUUUCUAGAUCUAAUAAAACGCUUUUGUUACUAACUCACUGACGAGUUUCGUCUCUCUCAAGUUUCGUCUCUCUCACUUGUUUCCGACCAAACUCUUGGUCACUUUUUCUUUUUCUUGUCUGGCAAGGGCCACUUCUUCUCGCUUGAUUCUUCCACUCUUUAUAUGUUUAAUCGAAGGUUAAAAUUCCAACAGUUACACCAUUUCAAUUUUAGUGCAAAAAGAAAUCUAGAAGCUCCUCCUAGCAGUUACACUUGUUUUCUUAAUCCUUAAUUGUCUUGCGUUUACAUAGACACCUAAAGUCUUUGCGUUCACAAGAGGAAAAAAAAUUAGAGUCAAACCUAAUUACAAAUAUUAGUGUGUUUAUUUAUUUGCUUUAACUUAUACUCUUUAAUUUCCUUUUUGCAUUCCUCGGUAAUUAUUAUUAUUAUUUUGUUUACAACUCAUAUACGAACAUUGCCGAUUUUUUUUCAUUGGAUUGCCAAAUAUAAGUGUGAUGAUCUUAGAAAAUCACUAAGCUUUUUAACCAGUAAAAAAAACACUAAGCUAAAAACUUUGGCUCAUUUAUCGUAAUUUGUUUUUCCUGUUAUAGAUAUAGUGUUUUACUAAGGAAACAGUAGGUCGUGCGAUUACGACGGAAGAGAGAGACGUCAAGAAAAGGGAAAAGUUGGAAGUGAUAUACGUACAGCGUUAACUGUGUAGAGAGGGGCUCAUGCAUUAAAAAAGUCCAAGUGGUAUACGUAAGCGUUAUCUGAUUAAAGGGACAUGAAACAUCAAUCAUUCAUGAACUUGCCACAUAUCUUAUUUCUAUCAUCUUUGGUCAAAUAACUCGACAUAUUAGUCAAAAAACAAAAAAAAACUCGACAUAUCAAACAUUAAGACAUGUGACUUUUAGGCAAAUAAAGUCGACCUUUUUUAUGUUUUCUUUUCAAUUUAUAAUGGAGUUGAAUUUCUACAACCUGGAAGCAGAUGCGUAAUGGGAAACAAGAUCCCAGGAAAUAUAGCACCAGUCUCUUAUUCGCUAAUAUACUUGAUUUAAAAUAAAAACAAAUGAAAGAUGCCAUGGACAUAUUGACUUUUAGUCCUUGGUAUCUUUAAUUAGUCUUCUUCACCUGUCACCGUGACCGCCAGGUAUUGUUCCAAAGUCAAUGUUUAGGGAUAUAGCCACCAAAGACGACCAGACGAAAACUCUAAAUGUACAAUUAUAUAACCAAUAUUGUAUGUGGCUGAUCACUGAUGAUAAUAUUUGUAAUUUGUGAAUAACAAAACAAGUUCACAUACAAAGAAUCGCCUUAUAUGAGAUAUGUUGAUCGUGUUCUCAGUCCUUCUCUUCUUUAUCAUCAUCACAAGCUUCUUAGCAAGUUCAACAUCUGUUUCACCAUCUCUCCAUUCAGAUGAGUUGAAUGCGCUAGAGAAGAUAGCUACUACACUUGGAAUCAAGGGACUGAACCUAAGUUAUGGAGACCCUUGCAGUUUAGGAACCCUGAAGAUGAUGCAGGACGUUGAUGUUAUUUCGAAUCCGGACACUGGAAACAGCACCAUUCGUUGUGAUUGUAGCUUCAACAAAAGCACCACUUGCCAUAUAACAAGCAUAGAUCUGAAGACCCUUGGCCUUCCAGGAAAACUUCCACCAGAGUUGGCUAACCUUCGAUAUCUACAAUCUAUAGACUUGUGCAGAAACUACCUUACGGGCUCAAUCCCAAUGGAGUGGGCUUCAUUGCCAUACCUCACUUCCAUCUCGCUCUGCGCGAAUAACUUGUCUGGGCCUUUACCAACUGGGUUACAGAACUUCAAGAAUCUUACAGUCCUAGGGGUUGAAGCCAAUCAGUUCUCUGGUCCAAUUCCUGAGGAGCUUGGUAACUUGACCAAGUUAAUACGGCUGCAUCUUACCUCCAAUCAAUUUACAGGAAACUUGCCUAACUCUCUAGCUAAACUGGUGAACCUUGAGGAUUUUAGGGUUAGUGACAAUAACUUCAAUGGUACCAUCCCAAAAUAUAUCGGCAACUGGUCUCGGCUUCAAAGGCUAGGUAUACUGGCAAGCGGACUGAAAGGUCCUAUUCCUGAUGCAGUCACUCGCCUAGAAAAUCUUAUUGAUAUGAGUAUUAGUGAUACAACUGGGAUAAACUCCUUUCCAAAUAUGUCCAGCAAAGCCAUCAGAAAACUGAUUUUGAGGAAUGUGAGCUUGUCUGGUGCAAUUCCUUCUUACAUAUGGAAUUUGCCAGAGCUAAAGACUUUGGAUUUAUCGUUUAACAGCUUGACUGGCGAAGUUCGUGGAAUUCAAAGUGCACCAAAAUACACCUAUUUGACUAGAAAUAGACUUUCUGGAGACGCUGGAUCAGGUGUUUUUCUCAAUAGCAAAUCUAAUAUUGAUAUCUCGUACAAUAAUUUCUCUUGGUCGUCUAGCUGUCAGGAAAAGAGUAACAUUAAUACAUACCAGAGCUCAUAUUUAAAGAACAACUUAACUGGGCUUCUUCCAUGUGCUGGUCCAAUCAACUGCACAAGCUAUCAGCGAACACUACAUAUAAAUUGUGGUGGAGAAAACACAGUCAUUAAAAACUCCUCUCAUAAAAUCAGCUACGAAGCUGAUGAUAGUACUGUCUAUUCGGCGACAAACCAACACUUCAAAACAUGGGGAAUUAGUAACACAGGUGUAUUUGCCGCGGAUGAACAUAGUGAGAAUGAUACAUACAUCAUUUCAGCUCGUUCAAAACUACCUGGAGAUUCUCCUAAUCUUUAUAAGACUGCACGUAGAUCUGCGCUCUCACUUGUUUAUUAUGCGUUUUGCUUGGAAAAUGGACCCUACAAUGUGAAACUCCUUUUUAUGGAGAUUCAGUUUUCAGACGAAGAACCAUUCAGUCGUCUUGGCAGACGCAUAUUUGAUGUCUAUGUUCAGGGAGAACUGUUCUUGAAGGAUUUUAACAUCAAAGAGGAGUCUAAGGGGACUAUGACUCCUGUUGUGAAAGAAGUGAAAGCUGUAAAUGUGACCAAUCAUAUGUUAGAGAUUCAGCUGUAUUGGGCGGGCAAAGGGACAACCCUCAUACCUAAAAGAGGAAACUAUGGUCCUCUUAUUUCUGGAAUCUCCUUGUGUCACCACAGUAUGGAGCCACAAUGUGGAGCGGAAAAGAUAAGACAUCAAACUAAUUAUCCACUAAUUUUUGGGACAAUAGCUGCCUUGGUAACAAUUAUUCUUUUGGCUUUGGGAAUAUAUGCUUGGAGAAGAUGCAUAAGAGACAAGAAUACAAGCGAACAAGAUCUAAGAGUCCAGGGUCUGCCAACGGUUUGCUUUACCUGGAGGCAACUGCAAGCUGCAACAAACAAUUUUGAUCAAGCCAACAAACUUGGAGAAGGAGGUUUCGGAUCCGUAUUCAAAGGAGAGCUGUCAGAUGGAACUAUCAUAGCAGUCAAACAGCUCUCUUCCAAGUCACACCAAGGAAACCGUGAGUUUGUGAAUGAGAUAGGAAUGAUCUCAGGUCUGAACCAUCCAAACCUUGUCAAGCUUUAUGGAUGUUGUGUCGAGAAGAACCAAUUGAUGCUUGUUUAUGAGUACAUGGAAAAUAACUCCCUUGCUCAUAUGCUUCAUGGAAAGAGUUCCUUGAACCUGGACUGGAAAGCAAGACAAAAAAUAUGUGUUGGAAUUGCAAGAGGGCUUGAGUUCCUUCAUGAAGGAUCAAUGAUCAGGAUGGUUCACCGUGACAUAAAGACCACAAAUGUGCUUCUAGACGCUGACCUAAAUGCAAAGAUAUCUGACUUUGGAUUGGCUAGGCUACAUGAAGAAGAACAUAGCCACAUUAGCACAAAGAUUGCAGGAACCAUCGGAUACAUGGCUCCAGAAUAUGCACUAUGGGGUCAGUUGUCAGAGAAAGCAGACGUGUACAGCUUUGGGAUUGUGGCAAUGGAAAUUGUUAGUGGACAGAGCAAUACGAAACAAAAGGGAAGUGCUGAUCACGUCUCGCUUAUCAAUUGGGCAGUGAAGCUGCAACAGAAAGGGGACAUAACGGAGAUAGUGGAUCCAGUUCUACAAGGUGAUUUCAACACCAAAGAAGCAGUAAGGAUGAUCAAAGUUGCUAUUGUUUGCACAAACUCGUCUCCUUCCUUAAGACCAACCAUGUCAGAGGUUGUGCAAAUGCUGGAAGGAGAGGUAGAAAUAACACAGGUUCUUUCAGAUCCUGGUUUAUAUGGACAUAACUGGAGCAUCUCAAACCUCAGGGACAUUGAUACAGAUGGUGGCUUGAGCACGUCUGUUGUGACCGAUCAAACGGCAACAACAAUGAAAUCGUCGGUUUCUGGUUGUGAUCUCUACCCAUUAUACCCUGAAUCCAUGAUCUUAAACUCCACAGUGGACUUUUCUUCCUCGUCACUGUAAAGCUGUGUGCGUUGUUGCCUUGUGUCUUACGAGAGACAAAAGGCUUGUAAGUUGUCUUAUAUUAGUAAGAUGUCUGAAACCUUACAGUAGCUUAAUUUACAUGUAUAUACAUGAUUUUUGUGUUACAGCUAAUCUUCUUGUACAUGCUUGGUUGCUUACAAGAAUCGUUCGGUUUGGUUUUGUA